ACUUCUUUGCAGACCGAGAAUGGCGAAAAGUUGCAUUAUUUUGUUAUCUGCAAUCUGUUAUCUGUUUGUUCAUUCGGAUGCAUUUACAGCAUCGGGAUGGACACGGGCUCAUGCAACCUUUUAUGGAGGCAGUGAUGCUUCAGGAACAAUGGGGGGUGCUUGUGGAUAUGGUAACUUGUAUACAACCGGUUACAAAACAAGAACAGCUGCAUUGAGUACUGCUCUUUUUAACGAAGGUGGCGCAUGCGGCCAAUGCUACAAGAUCAUAUGCGAUUACAAGGCAGACCCAAGGUGGUGCCGGAAAGGAGCAUCGGUAACCAUCACCGCCACCAACUUCUGCCCACCAAAUUUUGCUCAGCCUAACGAUGCCGGGGGCUGGUGCAACCCACCCCUCCAACAUUUCGAUAUGGCUCAGCCCGCUUGGGAAAAAAUCGGCAUUUAUGCUGGUGGCAUCAUCCCUGUUAUCUAUCAAAGAGUACCAUGCAAGAAGAAACAUGGAGUUAGAUUCACAAUAAACGGUCGAGAUUAUUUUGAGCUUGUUUUAAUAACUAAUGUUGGAGGGGCUGGAUCAAUCCAAUCGGUGAAGAUUAAAGGGUCGAAAACCGACUGGCAGCCGAUGUCAAGGAAUUGGGGAGCUAACUGGCAAUCAAAUUCUUAUCUCGACGGACAAUCUAUGUCCUUCAUGGUCACAACUAGUGAUGGUGUCACUAAAACCUUCAUGGAUGUCGUCCCUGCAAACUGGGGUUUUGGUCAAACCUUCUCGAGUCCUUUGCAAUUCUAAAUGUUGAACAACAAAUGUGGUUUAAAUGGUUUAAGGUUUAGAGAUUCGGGGUUUUCAAAGUGGCAGCGGCGUGUUUACUCUUUUUAUAGAAGCAGCCCGCGGGGUUUUCUUUCUUUCUUUUUUUUAAUCUUAGUUGUGUUUUUAUAAUAACUAUAUGGAUUGUGCUCGUUAUACUUGUGUAUUCUUUGACAAUUAUGUAAUGAAAACCACUGCUUUGAGCAUCA